AUGACCAGAGUGUCGCUCCGGGCAGCCACUGAGUUGUUCUCGGCCAGGAUCGACCAGCUUUGUCACUUCAUUAGAGAUCAGGGGCUAGAGCCCCCAUGCAUGAAGCCAGAGGAUGAAGCUGGGAUGAACAGGGUCCUGGACACCCUCCAGAUCCCGCGUGGGUUCCCUAAGCGCACGGCCAGCGUGGAGGAAAAGCAGCAAUCGGCUGAACCCACAGCGCCUGUUGCGCAAGGUCAAUCGCCUUCCCAGAGUCCGGCUGUCAUUAGCCCCAAAGGGCCGGUCCCAGCGACCGACGUGAUUGCUUCGGGCGCCUCUCCCGGUCAGGAUACUGCCUCUAGCGGGCACUUCCCUUCGCCAGAUGGCUGGAAUCCUUUUGGAAUGGUCCGAGGGGCGACCGAAAAUCAGAACUUUGUUCAUUGGGGCUUCACUCUGCCGACGGCGGAAAGUCUGGACACUAUCUACGCAAAUCUGAAUGGCGGCCCUGGUGGCCCUGGGGCACCCACGAUGGCUGGCCUACCGGUGAACUCGGAUCUGAGCCCAGACAGCUACCAACUGGGGAUGGAUGCGGCGCCCCAGUCUGGUAUGUUGAUGGGCGGGCUGCCUAAUGGAGUAGAGCAUGAUUCAGACAGUGGAGAAGAAGAUGAGGCUGAGAACGACGUGAUCGAGCAAUUGUCCCACCGAAUCGGCACGUUGAAGAUUGCGGGUGAUGGCCAUCUGCGAUUCUAUGGUGCAACUUCCAAUCUCAAUCUGGUAGAUGUCUCCGCAACACAGCAGCGACAGCGGCCGGAUGCGCGAACGGUACGACACGAUGGUCAGGAUAUUUUGAACCAUCUCCGCGUGGGUCAGCCAGUGGAUCAAGCGCUCGAGGAUCACCUUGUGGAGCUGUAUUUCACCUGGCAAAACCCAAGUACAUACAUCGUUGACAAGGAGAUGUUCAUGACGGCAAGAUCUAAAUGGCGCAAUGAAUUCGAUGACACUGCCUUCUACUCCGAGGUUCUAACCAACGCAAUGUGUGCCAUUGGAAGUGCUUUCGAAGCACGCUAUCACCCCACCUUCAUUACAUUCCCCAAGUCUCUUGCGGAGUUCUUCGCAGACCGCGCCAAGGCGCUUCUCGAGAUCGAACUUGACUCGCCCUGUGUGGCUACUGUCCAGGCCCUAGUGAUCAUGAGUUGCCACGAAGGCGCAUCAAACCGCGAUGCGCGAGGCUGGUUGUACAGCGGAAUGUCGAUGCGACUUGCCUUUGAUCUUGGAUUGCAUUUGGAUAUGACAACAUACGUCAAUAGAGGCGAUAUAACUCAGGCUGAGGCUGACGUGCGUCGCGCGGCAUUUUGGGGAAGUUAUGUUGCAGAUCACUUCUGGGGCUUCUAUUUGGGGCGUCCUUUCAGAAUGAACGCUGGUGAUGUCAGUGUUCCGAAGCCUGCUUCCUCUCUUGGACCCGAGAAAGAGGAAAAUUGGCAUCCCUAUGGUCAUCAAGCGUCCCAAAGCCUUCUUCAAAAUGGACUCAAGAAUCCAAUUGAGCUUAUUUGCAGGCAAUUCGUCGUUCUAUGGGAGAUGAUUUCUCCCGUUGGUCACAUUCUGUAUGGAUGCUCUGAUAUUUCUCGGCACGACCUGCAAAGAAUCACAUAUCAAGUGACCCAAGAUCUCUUUGCCUGGAAGGCCAAUCUCCCAUCAAGCCUUCAAAUUAACCUAGAUGAUGAGACGACUCCCAUACUGCCACACUUGAUGAUGUUACAUAUGCAAUACCACCAAAUUAUAAUUUUCUUCCAUCGCCCAUGGCUCUCCAAGAGCUACAUCCAACCCCGGGCCCCUCGCCAAGGUCCCGGAUAUCACCACGCGCGACGCAUGUGUGUGGAAUCAGCCACCGCCGUCGCACGCCUGCUCCACCUCUACGAAAAACACUACACCUUCCGUCGUAUGAACAACCAAGUAGUAGCAAUCAUCUUCAGCGCCGCCCUCAUGCUACUUUUCGUCACCGUCUCAGGCUCCCCAAUGAGUCCCGGAAAACAGGGCGACAGCCCAACUUACCCCCGCAGCGCAGAGAUGGUAGCAUACCUCAAUCUUUGCUUCCGCGCGCUCGACGAACUAGGACAAUCAUUCGAGAAUGCCAAGCGCACCCGCGACUAUCUAGUCACACUCCAGCGACGCUGGCAGGCACACAUGAGACGUUCGGGCGCGUCAAAACGCCAAAUCAACGGUUCUAACUCGACCUCUAUGUCGCAGCAACCUUCUGUUCAGCAUGGUCGUGCAGUCAACUCACAGGGGAUAGAUCCUUCCCGGAAAAAGUCUCGACUGUCUGUGUCUGAUAUCCCACCUCACUUAUCUUCUACUGGUGAACAGUCUGCGACCCGAUCUCAUCUUGCACAGCCUCCUCUGUCACAGUACCAGCAACAACAAACCCCUUACCAACAACAGCCUUUCCCUGUCACAGCCUCACAGCUGGAUUCUCUUGAUUGGGUCCACAACACGGACAUAAACCUUCUAUCCGAGCCUCAACAUGCCCCUCCUGUGAAUGGGAUGGGGCAAAUACCUUCUCCACCUUUCCCGGAGGACCCUAAGAUGCUUGCUGAUUUGGGAGAUAUUGAUUCGUGGUGGGAUUCGCCCAACGAUGCCCCGGGCAUGGGGGGCUCUUUGUAA